AUGGAUCCUAACGAGGAUACCGAGUGGAACGACAUUUUACGUUCGAAAGGGAUCUUACCCGAAAAAGAACCCGAUGUGGACGAUGUGCUGGACGAUGCAUUGGUAGAUGCCAAAGAGCUUGCACACGAAAAUCGGUUAGAAAAGAAAACUUUAGACGAACUUGAUGAGUUAGAAGAUGAAGAGGAUGAUGAAUUUUUGCAGAUCUAUCGAAACAAGCGGAUUGAGGAAUGGAAACAGAGAAUGUCGAAAGCAAAAUAUGGCUCCGUUUACCCAAUUUCUAAGCCUGAAUACACCCAAGAAGUUACAGAAGAUAGUAAAAAUGUUUUCGUCGUUGUGCACAUGUUUCAAGAUUCUAUCCCUGCCUGUAAACUCUUGAACGGUAUUCUUGAGCGUUUAGCUCCCAUGUACCCACAAAUUAAGUUUGUGAAAAUUGCCGGCAAGCAAGCAGUCGAAAAUUAUCCCGACAUCAUGAUGCCUACUUUGCUUGUGUAUGGUCACGGUGAUCUACAGCAGCAAUUUUUGACUUUAACAACUUUGGGAGGUAUGGGAACUACUGUUUACGAUGUUGCUAAGGCAUUGGUUCAUGCUGGCGCGCUUAAGGAAGGUGAAAUAGCUCCUCUUCGUGAAUCUAGUUCUCUAAACUUUGAAUCUGGUCGUCGUGACAAUGAGGCUGAUGAAGAGGAGGAUUAUGAUGAUUUUGAUUAA